CACACACGAGCGCGAAGCGUUUAGUGUGCGUGCGGGCUGCGCCGCGCUCGCUUGUUAUUGAUGUAAACAUUGACUGUUGUCAUUUUGUUUCAGUGCGUUUCCAAGAUCGUAUGGGACUCUUAUUAGAUGCAUUAAACACGUGAACAGCUGUUAUCCUACAAUCAUAUGAGAAUUACAGUGCACAUGUAAUCCACACUCGCACAAUUUUGACGAAGUGUUCAUCUUUGUUUACAUAACAGUGUUUUUUGUUGUUCCUAGUCCAAAUGAUUUCAUAGGAACCAAACUCAGAUUAUGUAGAUUUUGGUUUUAUUCAACAAUUGAUAAGAACGUGAUUGACUAUUUUGAUUUUGGAUUUAAUACUUGCUGCUGGACUUUAUAGGGUACCAAAAUGCCCUCGCUAUUAGAAGCGCUAGAGCGCAAAUACGGCGCCAAAGGCGAAGUGAACCCGUGCAUAGACAACCUGCCAGUCGCCAUCUUCGUGCCGAAGCGGUCGCCCCGGCUGAGCGUGCCGACGCUGCUCGUGCUCAAUGACUGCGACAUCGACUGCGCCGGCGACGCUUGCGUGCUGGCUGACAAGUGCGCUGAUGUUGUCGAGCUGGAUAUAGCUAACAACAAGCUUACGGAAUGGUCAGAGGUCUUCGCAAUACUGGAGCAGACGCCGCGCGUGCGCUUCCUCAACCUUAGCUUCAACCGUCUCUCGGCACAAAUUCAGGCCGCGCAAGCUCUCAACCCUCGCUGGGACAGCCUCAGCAACCUCGUGCUGAACUCCACAUACGUCGGCUGGUCCAACGUCUACGCACUCUUGAAAGCUCUGCCAGCUCUCGAAGAACUGCACCUGAGCCUAAACGAGUACUCCUACGUAGACCUAAGCGGCAAAGAAGUCGACGAAAAGGACAGAUGCGAUGCCUGCUCACGCCUAAAAGCACCAGACUCCUUCGAACCAGUGCACGAGGGCUUGCAGAAACUCCACUUCUCUGGCAACCCUAUCAACAGCUGGCGGGAAAUAUCGAAAUUGGGAUACGCUUUCCCGAAUUUGGAUACGCUGCUGGUAAACGACUGUCCUGUCACUACGUUGGAGCCGGAUCCUUGCGAGAAAUGCGGCGACGGCAAUGGGAAUAGAAAAAGUCACGAUGCCUUCCCCCGCCUCCGGUUUUUGAACCUGAACAAUACGGGGCUCGCGACGUGGGAUGAAAUCGACAGGCUGGCUCAGUUUCCCUCGUUGAAGAGUUUACGAGUUCAGGGCUGGCCGCUAUGGGAGCGCCUGGAGUCCACGGAACACGAGAGGCGCCUGUUGCUAGUGGCUCGACUGCCUCAAGUCCGGACCCUGAACGGCGGAGGAGCGGUUCCCGAGGAAGAAAGGGACUCUGCCGAGAGGGCUUUCAUUCGGUACUACAUGGAGAAGCCUGAAAGCGACCGCCCGGAUAGGUACUGGGAGCUGGUGGGUGUCCACGGCAAGCUGGACCCGCUGGUGUCCGUAGACCUGAGGCCUGAGAAGCGAGUGCAGAUCACCUUCACUUGCGGGGAGAACAGCGAAGUCCGUACCGUCGAUGUUUACAGAACUGUUGCUGACUUGAAGACGAGGCUGGAGCGAUUGGCCGGCUUUCCGGCGUCCAAAAUGAGACUCUUCUACGUCGAUCAAGAGCUCAGAGACUCUCAGUCCCACCAGGGUCCGGAGGAGAUGAAGUACCCGACCAAGCAGCUGUAUUCCUACAACAUCCGGUCAGGGGAUGAGAUCAUCAUUGACUCCAAGCUGAAGCACUCGAUCUCUGCCAACUCGACCGCGUGAGACGUCGUCGAGAACCCGUAGGUGCCAGUGUUGACGUCAGUAACCGUAAACAAUUUUGUAAUAAAGUCUAUCUGGUUCAAACUUUCUGAUUUUCAAACAUAACUUAUAACAUGGGACUUAAUCGCGUAAAGUUAGAUAAAUCUCGUGUAGUACUUCUUUCUUGCUUUAUUCCCGCAUUUUUGCCACGUCUCAUAAGACCCUGGCGUCCGCUUUGUCAACUAAUUACAGUAUUUGGCGUAAACACUAGAAAUUAUGAAAGCGACUGCCAUUUGAUCUUCCCACCCAGAGUAUUGGUAAUACUGGGAAAUACACGAAGUUUGUGAAUAGAGUCCUGUGUUGUAAAUUAGACUAUCUGUUAAAAUUUAAUUGUCAUACUUGCACCGUGUGCAAACUCCAUUACGUAACUAUUCGUUCAAUCAACCGGACAACAAAACUUAAGUUAGAAGUCCUAAGCGUUUCAACACCAGUAAAACUAGCUUUAAGGGCUAAAGCAUAUUUUUAUAUGAAAUGCAAGUAGCUUGUAAACGGGCCUUGUUUGAAAAACGGGCCCUAACUUAAAUGCCAUGUGGUACAUAUUGUUUUGCUAGUGGGCUUCGGUGGCGUGGUAACAGAAUGGCCAAAAUGCCUUAGUCUUUAAUGGCAUACGCGCAUGGACAUCCAAAUAGUGCGCCUCAUUUGCCACGGACCUCUGUUAAUUCUGUUAUUAUUCCACUGAGAACAGAAUUAUUUAUAAGUGUUCUUUAGACUAACAAAUGUGUUGUGGAAUUAGUUUUUUUUUUUUACUUUUCUUAGAUUUUUUGUCUGUAAUUGUUAUUUACCAUCACACAAAUGCUUAGCUGAACUUUGCUGUCACAAAUAUGUUUGUAGUUUUAGGUUUCAACUUAUGAAGUAAAAAGUACAUUAUUAAUAAUUUUUUUACAAAUUUGAUUUGUAUACAAACAUAUCGGGUUAUAGUUACAUAAAAUAUUUCAAUUUUAUGGCAAUAUGACAGUAUCAAAAUUAUAAAUGAAAUAUAUUUCUCGUAAAAUUAAGUGAAGAUCAAUGUAUUACCUUUAUUGCGAUUAGCAACUGUGAUAUAAAUUAUAGAUGUAACUGUGGAGAAAUUAUUGUACUUCUCGUGUUAUGUUAUUUUUAUGAGUCCCCUUACAUGUAUCUCGACAUUUAACAUUUUUCAGUAACGCGUCUAAAUAAAUGUUUAACGAAACGUAAAGUGAUACUAACUGCCAUUUUAUGAAUGAUACCGUAUUGGUACAUUUAAAAAUAUACUACGAUAAUCAAGUUCUACCUACUUAAGAUCAUGUUCUUACUAAAUUAUAGUAUUACACGAUUCUAAUACUGGCUAUAUAAGGGUGAAGCAGCUGCAACGAACACUACGCAAAAAAUGACAAAAAAUCAACUUCUCACGAAAGAGGCAUUCAUCAAAUCGUCUCAAUUUAAAAAUACGAUGUCCUUGGUGGGCGUUUUUCAACUACCCGAUUAUAAUGGGGUAAUCAAAAUUAAUAGUCGCUGUCUCUAAAUCUUUGGAGUUUAAUCAUAAGGUAAUAAAAUAACCCAACUUUUUUGAAAUAUAUAUAUAUAUACUAAUAUUAAGCCAGACUAUACUCUGAACCCCUGGGGUAGGACAAUAGAUACUAAAAUCACUUUUAAAAAAACGUACGUAGAGUGGUGUUGCAGUUGGCUGCACCUUGAAUUUAAACCGCAAUGUAUCUAUUGAUUGAAGCAAAUAUAAAAAUUGUCCUGUGAUGUCCGGAGCUGCCAAAGACGUUAAAUGGUUAGAAUAUCUUCAAUGGAUGUAUACUAACUUGCAUGCUCGAGUGAAUCUUGCAUGGCAGCCUUAUAAGUGUGAUACAUGCAAUAACUUCGCUAAAUUCAUGUAUCUGAUAUCGUAAGAAGUAUAUAAAUGGUUGUCUUAUAUGUAUAAUAGAAACAAUGGAAAAUAAAUGAAAUAAUUGUAAGA